AAAGCGUAGACGGGGUACGCCGGGGACUUUUGAUACAGAGCUGAGAGACAGAUAGAGAGGUUCGAAAGGUCAAACAUUACCGGUGGCGCCGGUCAAUGGGUGAUGAGUUCUGUAUCGCUUUUUCCAUGGAUCUUCGAAGGAAUUUGUGGAGAAGCUUGGUAUUUCUAAUUUUAUUUUUUGGCCUCCUAUUAGGAGGGUAGACGAGGAGAAAUUUGAACCCAUUGGAGAAUUCUUUGUCUAGAAUUCCUGGGUUUAUUCUGAUCUUCCUUAAGAAAGAAUGGCGCAACGCUCAAAUGUGCCUAAAUUUGGCAACUGGGAAAGUGAAGGGAAUGUACCUUACACGGCUUAUUUUGACAAGGCACGGAAGGGCAGAAGUACUGGGAAAAUCAUAAAUCCAAAUGAUCCUCAGGAGAACCCAGAUCUAUUUUCUGAUACACCACCUGUUCGAGCAGAUCUUCCCUCCAGGACAGGAGCUGAAUUAGAGGGACCAGGAGAUGAAAAGCCAAAGCAUGAGCACCGGUCAAGCAAGGAAGAUGCUGAUGCCAGGAAAGUAACUGAAUCUCCAGAACAUGAAACUGAAGGUCGAAGAGCUGCUGACUUGCCUCAUCAACGUGCUGGUGAUCGUGGGGUAAGUUCUGGUGAAACCCCCAAAAAGGUUAGCAGACCAGUUGGUGGGUCUGACAGGAGUGUUGAACAGUCUCCGCUCCAUCCACACUACCAGGCAAAGGCUGCAAACAAAACUGGUGUUUCUUCUCCUUCCUGGGAAAAAAAGUCUGAUCAUGGGCAUGGUUUAGCUCCCGCAACCCCUGGAAGAUCACGACUGAGACCUCGUGGUGAUGAAACUUUUGAAAGAGGGCCUGCUGUACCAAAAUUUGGUGACUGGGAUGAGAACAACCCUGCAUCAGCUGAUGGUUAUACCCACAUCUUCAACAAAGUGAGGGAGGAGAAACAGAGUGGGGCAGCAAAGGUACCAGUCAUUUCAACUGAAUCAUCUUACUCCAAUGGUCGCCUUAAGCAAGACAAGGACAGUUCCGUGAGUUGCUGCUGUUUUGGGGGCAGAAAAUGAUGUUUCUAUGCCCAUAGAUGAAAUAUAAGUUUAUGGGACCUGUAAAUAGCUCUCAAGUCUCUGUAGAGAGUUUAUCUUUAAACAUGCAUUCUUUCACUCUAGUUUGUGUGCUUUAUGUGACAAUAAAUAUGAAGUUUUGUUAAGUAAAACUUUCACUCUUUUUCCUUUCACCGCCUUUCUUUUGUACCUUGAUGACCUGUCUACCUUCCAUUUUCCCCAUCAUGUUUUGAUGAAGCAGAUGCAAAUUCGUUUAUUUCA